AUCGAAUAUCCGACGACAAGAUGACGGUGAACAGCCUUUUGGCCGCCAUAUGAAAAUUAUUCAUACUGUCAAAAUCCGAGAAAACGCCACAAAGCACUAUGAUCACCGUGAUGCCCAACAAAACUGCCAUAACGAAGGUUGAGCUGCCUAACAAUGAUCUCAGAAUUACGUUACUUGGACCAGUACAUUUGUAUCCAAUGAGCUCACCGGAGAACAGUAAUGGAGCUUACGAGGUGGGAUUGCGUGUGGAAUGGCGUAACUUCGAUUUAAAUGUGACUUAUCGCCGGACGGAGAAGUGGAAUAUUGCCAUAAACAAUGAUGACACAACAUACGCGAAAGUGUCGAAAAACUUCAUGGUAAAAAGAACGCGAGGGGCUGAUAGUCAAGCAGUGAUCUCGUUGGAUAGUAUACGGAAUUCUCCGGUAUCCCUGCACGUUGUCAUGGAUACAAAUCCGCUGGUCACCGAUAUGUGCCUUGUUUAUUCAGGACUCUUGAUACUUGGACUCUAUAUGCUGAUUAUUUUCGACGUGAUAGAUCACACCUUUGCUGCACUCAUUAUAGCUACCACAGCUAUUGCGAUUCUCGCUAUCCUAGAGCAUCGGCCCGACAUGCAUGCGAUAAUAUCAUUUGUUAACUUUGAACCUCUGAUGUUGCUCUUCGGGCUUAUGACCAUUGUGGAUAUUAUGGCGACAACUGGCGUCUUUGAUUUCCUAGUCGUUUGUACGUACAGGAUUUCCAGGGGUCGCCCGUGGCCUCUGAUUUUUUUUCUGAGCAUGCUGACCGCUUUUUUGUUCGCUUUUCUGAACAGCGAUAUCAUGGCUUUGUCACUGACCCCAAUAACUAUCCGUCUUUGCGAGAUGAUGUCCUUGCGGACAAGCUACGUGCUGGUCGUAAUGGCUAUAUUCGCAGAUAUUGGCGGUGCAUUAACGCCCUUGGGAAAUCCACCUAAUGCGAUCGUAACGACAAAUCCGGUGGUGGUUGCAGAAGGAGUUGACUUUGUCAACUUUAUAAUACACAUGAUGCCUGGAGUGCUGGUCGCGAUGUUCGUGAUCUUUGGUAUGGUUUACGUGACCCACAGAAAAAGCAUAUUUGUCCUUGAUCAAAAUCAGUUGGGCCUUAUGGAAGAAAGAGCCAAAGGAAAGAAACCGCCCAGCCAGGAAACCCAAGAUCGGAUAGUAUUCCUCAGGGGUAGCUUGCCGAGCAAGUAUUGGCUGAAGCCAGUGGAAGACUAUCCAGAAACCCUGGCUGAGUUGGAGGCCAGCAGUCCGAUACAUGAUAAGCCGCUUCUGGUUAAAUGCUGCAUAGCCCUCAUUUUUGCCUUCUUAUGCAUGGUCCUCCACUCGAUACCCAAUGUAGCAAAUGGGGCUUCCUUAGGCUGGGUAACCUUGCUAGCCGCCUUCUUGCUCAUUAUCCUGGACGACAAAAACGACCUGAACGCCACACUUGGCAUAAUCCAGUGGACAAUCCUCCUUUUCAUAGCAGCCCUUUUUGUUUUGUCUGAGGCCGUGGAUCAGUUGGGAUUCUUUGAAUGGCUCGGGGAGAGAACGGUUCGACUUCUUACAAGUUUGGAACCACACAAGCAGAUUGCGGUAAUUACCAUGCUGCUUCUUUGGAUGACCGCCCUACUUACAAUCUUCAUUGACAACGCCGCAGUUACAAUCUUUAUGCUAAAGUUCAGCUUCCAGAUGGCCAGCAACGAUGACAUCCCAUUGCCCCCGAUGUUUUGGGCUUUGAUUUUUGGAGCUUGUUUUGGGGGAAAUGGGUCCUUAUUUGGAGCCGUCUCUAAUGAGAUUAUUGCGCUGAUCGCCCUACAGCAUGGUUAUAAGAUAUCCUUUUGGCACUUUUUCGCCAUCGGAUUUCCACUAAUGCUGGUGACCAUGGUAAUUGGUUCGGGAUACCUUUUAAUUGCACACUCAGCCCUUAGUUGGAACUAACAUUUGAUUGGUUAGAGAAAUAUAAUAUAAUCAAAUAUAAUCUUUAGAGAAGGCUGCCCA